AUGAGAAGAAAUGUUAGUGACGCCAAGGAAGGUGCAGAGUGUGUUGAACUGUCAUCGGGACAUUGCUUAUACUAUGUUGAUCAAGCUACACUAGACAAAAAUGUGAAGGAACGAGGGUAUCAAGAUGAUGCAUCGUUAGGACAGGUCACACAUUCUGAUCGUACCAUUGGUGUCUAUGAAGGUGGAUUCAAAGUAUGGGAAGGUGCUAUUGACUUAUGCGAAUACAUUGAUAAAGUUCUGGAACCACAAAUUUUGAGGGACAAAAAGAUUCUUGAGGUUGGUUGCGGUGCGGGAUUACCAUCAAUUCUGGCAUUACAAAAGGGUGCUAAAGAAGUCGUUUUGCAGGAUUAUAAUGACGUUGUUGUCAGUUGUUUUACAAAGGAUAAUUUUACGAUCAAUAAUGUUAACCUGGAGAAUUGCCGAUUUUAUGGUUGUGACUGGGCCACGCUACAGCAGAAAAUAGAUGGUCAGAAGUUUGAAGUUGUUUUAACAUCUGAAACGAUCUACAACGAAGAACAUUAUGAGAUUUUGCACAAAUUGUUUGAUGUUGUUCUUCCAGCCGAUGGAUUAAUUUUGUUAGCUGCAAAAAUGUUUUACUUCGGUGUUGGUGGCAACAUACCAAGCUUUCUGGAAUAUGUGAAAACACGUGGCAUAUUCGAUACAUACAUAUGUUGGAGUAGCGAAAGCGAUGUUCCACGGAAAAUUAUACAGUUGACUCGAAAAUUUUGCUCCUAA